UAAUAUUUAGAAAGUUUUAAAAGUUUAAGUUUAAUUCAAGUUUUAUAAGUUUUAUAAUGGUUUUUCUUCGCAUUUUUCGCGCCGCACGUACGUAUAAAGUGACAAGUAUGUUAAUUAGAUUUGGAGCCUCGGCAGUUGGUGUAGGUACAGCUUUAGGAUUUUCGUUCGUGACAGCGCGCGAGAGAAAAGUGGACACUUCCAAAUUUAUGGCGGAACCAUUAACAGAAUCUCAGACUCUAGAGAACAGCAUGGACGACAUGAAAAGCAGGAUGGAGGUCAUGAUCCUCGGCGUUCAGGCCGACAUUUGUCGGAAACUUGCAGAAAUCGAUGGGAACGACUUCCAUGUGGAUCGCUGGCUGAGAAACGAAGGUGGCGGUGGAAUAAGCUGUGUUUUGCAAGAUGGAAAGGUGUUUGAGAAGGCUGGUGUAAAUGUUUCUGUUGUUUAUGGCAAUCUGUCACCCGCAGCUGUGGAACAGAUGAAAAGUAGGGGUAAUAAACUUCAAGGAAACAAGUUUCCAUUUUUUGCGGCAGGGAUAAGUUCUGUUAUUCAUCCACGCAAUCCAUUUGUUCCAACCCUCCACUUCAACUAUCGAUACUUUGAAGUCCAAGAAGAAAGUGGCAAGAAACACAGUUGGUUUGGUGGUGGAACUGACCUUACACCUUAUUACCUAGAUCAAGAGGAUGUAAAGCAUUUUCAUAGGACUUUGAAGGACUUCUGUGAUAAGCAUGACCCAUCUUAUUAUCCAACAUUUAAGAAGUGGUGUGAUGAUUAUUUUGUUGUGAAGCAUAGAGGCGAAUGUCGAGGUGUUGGAGGCAUAUUCUUUGAUGACCUUGACAAACCCUCACAGGAUCAGAUUUUCAAGUUUGUUCAGGCUGGAGCCAAUGCUGUUCUGCCUGGCUAUGUUCCUAUGGUUUUAAAACACAAAGAUGAUCCAUACACUGAAAGUGAACGGCAGUGGCAGUUGUUACGGAGAGGACGAUAUGUGGAAUUUAACUUGGUUUAUGACCGUGGCACCAAGUUUGGUCUGUAUACACCUGGUGCUCGCAUAGAAAGCAUUCUGAUGUCACUUCCCCUGGAGGCACGCUGGGAAUACAUGCAUGCACCAGCAAAAGGCAGUAGAGAAGAUGAAUUGCUGCAAGUCCUGCAGACUCCUAGAGACUGGGUUCAAUAGGCAGUAAAUGCAUGUUU